AACAAGAAAAGCGAAUUACCCCAAUAAUUGUGUAUCCAACACAAAAGACAACAUCAGCUGCUCUCGGCUCCAAGAUGACUCUCCCAUGCAAAGUGUUCGUCGGCCUGAGCAGCCACGUCCAUACCGAUGUGGAAUGGCUGGCAAAUGACACCACCGUCGACAUGGUUUACAAGCAAAGAAGAGUUACAGAGGGAGAACGACAAGAAAUUGUAGAAAAUGGUGAAAACUUCAUUGAAGUGCCACUGAUUUUUGAUUCUGUCAAAGAAGUGGACUUUUACACAGACUUUACAUGUCUGGCCCAGAACAGAUACGGCUACCAAGUGCUGCCAACAAGGGUCAAGCAGGAAGCUGUUGGCUUAUCCUGGUACGUUGCAAUGAUUCCCUUCACACUGGCCUGCGUGAUCCUGGGAGUAAUAUGCAUACGCAAGUGCUGGAAGCGGAGAGACGAUAAAGGAUAUGCAAUAGCAAAGGUUUAA